AUCAUGGCGAAUACGAACCCAAGGAAAUUUGUGGAGAAAAUAGCUUUACACACUCAAAGAAUGGCAGAAGAAAAGGCACAGGUGGAUAAAAUUUUGCGCGAAGUUGCUGAAGUCACAAGGAGGGGGAACCCUAUGCCUAAACAACAUCUGCGUAUUAACCAAAACCUGGGCUCCUUCAAAGGCGGUUCACUGCCAAAUGUGAACAACAUAGCUACUUCUUCCUCUGUUGAUUUGAAGUCCGCUCUCAGCAACCUGGAGGAGAUGAACGGAGGUCGUAGCGACACGCAGAUUGUCUAUCGAGAUCGGGGCCGGACUAUGACGUCCGGGGGACCAAUGAGAUCGCGGCCGGGUGAGAGACGACAUGACACAUCCCCCUACUCCAGCGGCCCCUACCUCUCCCCGCCACCACCUGAUAGCAACUGGAGACGCACUUACAGUGACUCCUCGCUACACCAGAGCGCGGCCGCGCAGACAAACGAGUCACAACGGAGAGCAAUGGAUGGUCAGCUGACUGAUGGCUACGAGCCCAGCAGAAGACACUUGUCCGUCAGUCCGGAUGGUCGGCCGAGAUCUUGCGAGGUGCCUCGGGUACCAGGAAUAAAUAUUUUCCCGUCGGCACAAGAGCCGGGCACAGUUCAGAUUCCCAUCGGCAACAACACAGGAUCUCUACCAGAUCUCACAAGUUUCCAGUUCUCUUCUCCCCUUCCCACCCCUCUGGACCAGGAGGACCAUAACAGUUCGCCCUACAGCAAUAGCCACCUCUCUGUGCCUUCUCAACUCAACUCUAGGUUUCUACAUAAAUGUAAGGGUGUAACGUUGGACAACAGUGGAGGUGGAGGGGGUAAGGAGCAGUUUUCUCCGCAGAUGGUUUAUCAGUCUACGCAGAGGAGUCCAUCACCGCAGCACUCCAUGCAGCCGUGCAGUCCGCUACCCAUAGCACAAUCCUCAUCUCCAGUACCUGUAGUGGAUUAUGUCAAUUCACUUAACUCAUAUAGAUCACCCCAUCCAGUCAAUAGGCCUAGCCCACAGAAUUCGCCUGGUCUUACUGUAAAGUACGGCAGUGCCAGUCCGUUGAGUAGCAGUCCGCAAAGUCCGUCGCCGUCUAGUCCAUCGAGCACCGGACCUAUCAGUUUCCCUGAGCACAAUAGCUACUACAUCACCCAAGAUCAGGCCAACAUGUUGCAACAUAACUUUGAGCAAUUCAGCAUGAGGGACAGCCAAGGCUCCUUGGAUUACAUAGGCUCAACAAACAACACUUCACCUUAUUCUCAGACUGAUGAUCCUUGCCCACAAGAGUUGACCCAAGAUCCUGGCUACUUCAGCACGUCUCCGUCACAGCAGCUGCAGUACUCCACUAGACACAGCGCACAGACAACACCCAACACUCCCUCUAGCAUACCUGACAUUGUACUGACAGAUUUCUCCAGUACAGCAGAAGAGUUGGCAAACCGAAAUGACGAAUUCACUAAGGAGUUAGGAGUUGCAAUGGCAGGCGCCUUUGACACUGACGAAGCUUUCCGUGAAGGUUUGGGAAUCAUAGACUUUGACGCACUUCAAAUGUUGACUGAUCCAACGGAAAUCAUCACCGACCCCAACGCUGAAGAGCACUUCAGGCAAGACAGGUUCCAGUGAGACACUCUUCCUCGGACUUUAGUCAUCUUAAGCAUAAGAGUGUAUCUAGCGUAGUUUCGUAAGCAUCCUGACGCAGUUUUCUAUCUAAAGUGUUCAUUUAAUAACAUACUACAAAGAGAAACUAACUUUCUUUUAGAUUUCUCACUAUCCAAAAUCACUGUUUCUAAAAGUGUAUUAGGGUUGCGGAAAAGCUGUUUGGAUUAAAAUAUCAGUGCCAUAAUAAAAUUUGGAAUUGGUAGGAUACAAUUUUUUAAGAUCUCAUUGUUAACGCGAUUCAAUUUUGACAUUUGCUACAAAAUUUAAUCACAAUUUUGUAAGAUUUGAAAAUGGUUGACGUUCUAAUAAUUUACAGUGUUUUUCAGUUUUUGUUUAACAUUUCAAGUUUAAUUUUGUUUUAGUAAAAAACUUUUAGUUAGGUCUAGGAAAGGUUAUUAGUUAUUUUGACGCCCCUAACGUACAGGAUUUUAUGUUCUUCUGUGUUAGUUGUCUUUGCUCAAAUAUUUAGUUUUUGAAGGAUUUAGUUUUUGUUUUCAUUAUUUUUAUUUAUCUUAUUUUAGCAGUAGACGAAGUACCAUUUUGCUCAAUUUAUUAACCUGUAAUCCGACAUUGUAUUUCCAUUGAGCUAUUUGCAAGGCAACCCUUUACAAAAAAUAUUUAUGUCUAGAAUAUUUUUUUCCAAAUAUAAUUAAUUCUAAUUUUUUUAAGGAUACAUUUUUUUAAUAUAACAAAUUACAUUACUUACUAAGCACUCUAAACAUUCUACUUGCGCAACUUAUUUUUUGUAAAUUGUAAUUUUUUUUAGUUAUUUUGUCUGCCCACUCAAUUGAAUGAUUACUUUGUAAGAUAAAGAAUUUUGAACUGUUCUUGGAAUUGAACUAUUGUCUUUCAAUUUGUAGAGAUGGCUUUCGAAUUAUCUAUCAACCACUCCAAUCCAGUUUAUUUAGUUUUAAAUGUUACCUAAAAUUAAAUUAAAUUUUACAAAAGGGUUUAGCUUAAAAACAAGUUUCAAAAGGUUAAAUAUACUUAAAUUUAAACUAUUUUAUAGCAUUUUCAUUAUUUGUAGGUCACCAAUAGUUUAUAAAGAUAUAAAUGUGAAAUUUUAUGAGACUGUCAGUUUUAAUCAAAAUGCUUAGAUUUGUCAAUUUGAGUGUACUUUCAAUCUAUAACUAUUUUUGUUGAAUUGGGGAUACAAAUAAUUAACUGUCACGACUUGUGGAUUAAUUUGCCUCUAUUUGUUACUUCAAACAUAUCGCUUGCUUUCAGAAUGAGUAGUUAUGUUUAUCACAAUAUAAAUAUUUAGUCCUAUAGUUAUGUUGUUUCAUAUGUCUUAAGAACAGGGCCAGAUUUAGGAGUAUGCCACCUGUAGGCUAAAUUCAACUGCCCCCCCCCCCCUUUUAGUCUUACAAUUAAUAGAUUCAUAUGUUUUUAUACAUUCAUUUUAUACAAUGAAUGAUAGAUACAGUUAUUCAAAUUAAAUUGUGCUAAGGUGUAAAACUAAAAAAACACAAAAAAUAGUUCAUUACUGGGUUUAUUUGUUGAUUAAAUAUAUAUGUUAUACACUGACUCGGCUUGCAGUGUUGUCUGAUCGAAUCACACGAUAUGAAAAAUGUGCUACAACAUUAUGUGUGUGGAGUAAAUUCGUAUUAUGAAAAGAAAAGAAUAAUAGAAUAAACAUAUUUCCAUUCCCGUAGAUUAAUACGCUACAUAUCAAAGAUACGUCUAAUGAAGUUUAAUAGUUAAUAAAGUUUAAUAGCCUUUUAAGCCUAUUUAGAAAUCUGGCCCUGCUUAAG